ACCGGUGUUUCCUCGUGCGGCGUGAACCUGAGGACAUCAUGUUAUGAAGAAAUGGGGGGUUUGGUGAUUCGUGGGAUCAGAAAUUUCAACGUAGAAAACAGAGCGGAGCGGGAAAUCAGCAAGAUGAAGCCCUCUCCCGCUCCCAGGCACCCUUCUACCAAUAGCCUCCUGCAAACGCAGAUGCGUGUCAAUCCAGAAAUUAAGGGACAGAUUGCUCGUAAAGAUGACAAACUACUGUCGUUUCUAAAAGAUGUGUAUGUUGAUUCCAAAGAUCCUCUGCCUUCCGUGCAGGUAAAAGCUGCUGAAACACAUCAAGAGCCAGGGGAAUUCAGAUUGCCAAAAAGCCAACACUUUGAUAUAACAAAUAUUAAGAGCGUUCCCAAAGGCAAAAUUUCUAUUGUGGAAGCAUUGACACUUCUCAAUAAUCAUAAACGUUAUCCAGAAACAUGGACUGCUGAGAAAAUAGCACAAGAGUACCUUUUAGAACAGAAAGAUGUGAAUUCCCUUCUUAAAUAUUUUGUUACUUUUGAAGUCAAAGUCUUCUCUCCUGAAGACAAGAAAGCGAUAGAACCAAAAUGAAGAAAAUCACAAAAAUUUGCUAUGUGUACUCCUCAUCUUUCAUCCUGUAUAUUUUCUCAUUUUUUGCAUAUUAACUUAUGUUAAUUACCAAGUGUUUCAUGCUCUUAUUGUGAGAACAUACUCUUAAUGUUUGUUGAGCUCCCUGACUUUUCAAGAUUGCCAUAGCAUGUAUUUUGUCUUCUUUUAAUUUUGUUUAGGAAUAUUUCAUGUGUACAUGUCAGCAUGACUAUCAGCACAUCUGUACCUUUAUUAUAAGUAAAAGAAUUAAUAUGUUGUUUUAGGCACAUCAUGCCAACUUUUAAAUUGGUCAUACGACCCCUUGGGAAAUGUCCUGAAUCCCUCAUUUAAGUUUUACUUUCCAUGUUAAGUGUUUAGUUCAUUCUUCAUAUGUGAUAGUGAAAAUAAAAGCUUUCCUGACUCUUAAACUGUUAUUUUUUUUGUCAGGGAAAGACUCGAUAGCAAGGUACACUAACAGUAUUUCCCAAAUAAAGGCACACAGGAGAAAAGAACGAAUCAAUAGAAUCUAAUUAAAAUUACUACUCCAGGGAGUAAGAAGUACUGAGGAUUUAUUUUAUUUUGAUUUGGUUUUAAGUAUGGAAUAAUUGUCUUUAAAGUUAUAAAAAUUAAUUUGUGGUGUUUACAAAAUGUUGGGAAUUUCUCCUUUGACAAAGAGGUUAGUCCCAUGGCCUUCAGAGAGGCAGACAGCAGUAGAAACUUUUGAAAAAACAUUUCUCUGGAUUUAACAUGGAAAUAGAAAAAUUAAAAAAAAAAAACUUAAAAACCA